CAACAUCCUUUAUUCACAGCUUCUGUUGGGCAGGCCAGACCCAUGAACAUUCUUUAAGGUGCAUUCCACAACACACAGAGCGCCUUUCCCCCCUGAACUUUUGAGUUCAUAGAUCCUCUGCAUAACAUGUGAUCAUUUGAAGCAUCAAGGCCUUCAGUGCCUGUCAUUUUUGCUCAACAGUGUGCACUAAUCACUGGACAAUUAUUGCCUUGUCAUCCAUGUCUUCAAAGUUGAAACUCAAGGAAGCCAUGUCUUCAACAGACAAUCCAAUUUCAGGAGGGCACUGCAGGCAGCUUCUUCCAUCAGCGUUCCCUCACCAGCUCGGCCUCGGCGGCUCCCCUCCACCGUGGUUCCUCGCCGCCGCCGGUGGGGAGGAGGAUGAAGAGGAUGAGAAGAUGGACAUGCUGUGGGAGGACUUCAACGAGGAGCUCGCCAGCGCGCCGCCGCUGUGCCCGCUGAGCCCUCUGAUCAACAAGGGAGGGCUGGCGAUGAAGGAGGAGGCCUGGCGCGACGACGAGCUGAUCGUCGUCGAUCUGGAGAAGCGCGCGAAGCAUCUCCAACAUUCACAAGACGGCAGGGUGGUCCGGCGCCGGCGGUGGAGCCUGGUGCUGAUGCUCAGGCUGCUCAAGAAGCUGUUCCUGGUCAAGAAAACCAGGAAGCCGAGAACUGCACCGAUUUGAUCCUCAUCAGAUCGGGCUUAGGCUGCUACCUCCAAGAAAUCAAUGGCGGAUGAAUUAUAUACAGUAUACCAGAGUAUGUUUUGAUUAAUCGGUAGUGCGUGAGACAUUGUGAUCUAUACAAUUGUACUUGUUUUUGCUCUCACAAGGCAAAUAGCCCUGUGUUCUUUUUUUGCUAAAGAGUGUGUUUCUUAUCAUCAGUAUUAUAAACCUAACUACCUGUUAUUGACUUUGAAUUUUGGUGUACAUUAUUUGUUAUUACCGUCAAA